AUGAAGGAGCUCUGGACAACCAUGGCCUCUCUAAUGGGAGUUUUAGCCUUCUGCCAAACCCUCCUUCACACCGUCAUCCCACCGGAGCUCCGCUUCGCUGUUCUUAAACUCUUCCAACGCCUCUUCAACUGCUUCUCUUCCUACUGUUACUACGAAAUCACCGAGAUCGACGGCGUCAACACCAAUGAACUCUACAACGCCGUACAGCUUUAUCUAUCCUCUUCCGCCUCAUCCACCACCCCUUCCGCCGCAGCUACCUCCUCCAACCGUCUAUCACUUACCCGCGGCCUCAACUCUUCCGCCAUCACCUUUGGUCUCGCUAACAACGACCGUCUCUCCGAUGUCUUCAAUGGUGUUUCCGUCGUCUGGGAACACAUCGUCACGCCCCGACAAUCACAGACGUUCUCAUGGCGGCCAUUGCCGGAGGAGAAGCGUGGGUUCACGCUCCGGAUCAACAAAAGGGACAAACCUCAGAUUCUCGAGGCUUACCUUGAUUUCAUAACUGAGAAAGCGAACGAAAUCCGAAGGAAGAAUCAGGAUAGGCUGCUGUACACGAAUUCCCGCGGCGGCUCUCUCGAUUCUCGGGGACACCCAUGGGAAUCGGUGCCGUUUAAGCACCCGAGUACAUUUGAUACCCUGGCAAUGGAUCCGGAGAAGAAGGCGGAGAUAAUGUCCGAUCUCCGGGAUUUCGCUGACGGACAGGCGUUUUAUAAACGGACGGGACGCGCGUGGAAGCGUGGGUACCUUUUGUAUGGUCCCCCCGGCACCGGAAAAUCAAGCAUGAUCGCUGCAAUGGCGAAUUUCCUUGGGUACGACAUUUACGAUCUGGAAUUAACAGAGGUAAACACAAAUUCGGAACUCCGGAAAUUGCUUAUGAAAACCAGUUCAAAAUCAAUUAUCGUAAUCGAAGACAUUGACUGUUCUAUAAACCUUACAAAUCGUAAAAAAAGUAACAGCAGUGGGGGGCGGAGCAGCGGCGGUGCAUUUGACGGAGGUUCUGAAAUGAGAACCGGCCCCGGAGCUCCGGGAGGUCCCGGCGAUCCGGAGAACAAUGGUAACAACAACAACUCCAUUACACUGUCUGGUUUGUUAAACUUCACAGAUGGGUUAUGGUCGUGUUGUGGAUCGGAGCGGAUAUUUGUUUUCACAACCAAUCACAUUGAGAAGCUUGAUCCGGCAUUGCUUCGAAGUGGAAGAAUGGAUAUGCACGUCUUCAUGAGCUACUGUUCAUUCCCAUCGUUGAAGAUUCUUCUGAAAAAUUACUUAGGGUAUGACGACGGCGACAUCGAAACGGAGGUUUUGGCGAAGCUGGCGGAGGUAAUCGAUGAGGCGGAGAUGACUCCGGCGGAUAUCAGUGAAGUAUUGAUUAAAAACCGGCGAGACAACGACAAGGCGUUAAGGGAGUUGUUGGAGGCGUUGAGGAUUAGGGCAGAGAAAAAAAGGGUGGUGAGUAGACGGCGGCGGUUGGUGGCGGAGGUGGAGGAGAUAGCGGAGGAGGAGAAGAGGGCGUUGGAUAGUCCUAAAGAAGUUGGUGGUGUGGCGACUGGUGGUGGUGAUGACGUGGAAGUAAAUUACAAGAAAGGUGGGAAAGAGGGAGAAGAGGAUAAUGGGAUUAAUUAA